AUGGGGAGCAAUCAGCCCUCGUCUUCGCCUUAUGCCAUGACUAUUAGCAAGACCAAGGUGCAAGAGAUGACGUCUCGUCCAAGCUUCGCAUCUCGCAUGAUCCGACUGGUCUUCAAGCGGAAGCAACGCUCGAUGGAUACAGAGCGAGCCAAGUCUUGGCCGGGAUGCGCGGAACCAGUUACUGAGCUGGAGCCGACGUUCGUCAAAAGCCAUCCUAGCGCUACCAUCGCAAUCCCGAACAGUCUCACCUCUUCUGCAUCAUCAAAAGUGCCUACCACGUUUACGAGCCCUCACCGUGUACGUCAGUACGCAGUGGACGACAGUGAGAGCGAAGCCUCGUGGCGACAACGACAGACCCACUGCGCCAACUGCGAGCGGUUGUUUUUCAAGUCGAUGUCGUCGCUGAGCAACGCUGCCGGCCAAUUUUGCUCUCUGGAUUGUAAGGCCAACUUUGAGUAUUUGACUCAGCUCCAAGAGACGAUGAAUAUGGAGAUGAUGGCGGAUACUAUCGCUAGUAGAGGGCUAUUUGAUGAAAUUGAAGACGAAGGCCGGCGGUUGUAG